GCCUGCGCUUAGGAAGUUUGCCUCUAAGCUGCAAGACCCUGUCGGCUGCUCUCCCUAAUGACUCAGGGGCACCCCACGCUCAGCACAUGCUCACAGUAACAAUGCUCUCAGGUUAAGCCAGAGCCAGACUGGAGGGAGGGAUCCUGGGAGGGAGGAGUGUUUGCUCCAGCAACCCAUGGCAACUCCACAACACAGGUCCUUCCCCUCCCACUUGCCCUUCAGGCCAGCGGGGCCAGGGCUGUGGAGCCAGGACAGAACUCAGAAGCCAAAGCCUGCAGCACCUAGGAACCCAGGCAACCUGGGACUCUGAUCCACUUGUUCUAAAACACAGCCAGCAGGUCCAUGGCCAGCAGGCCUCUGCCUCCGGGACGCCAGGAGGAGGAGAAUGCCAAAGACUCCGGGCCGAAACCCUCACCGGUGCGGCCCCGAGGCCGCCUGCCCAGCAUCGAUGAGGCCCGACUGGCAGGUCCAGGUCCGGGCCCGGCCUCGCGCCGGGGCUCCAUGCUGGGCCUGGCCGCGUCCUUCUCCCGCCGCAACUCGCUGGCUGGGCCAGGCGCGGGUCCUGGGGGUCGGCGGCCAUCCCUGGGCCCGGUGCCCCCUCUGGGCUCACGGGUCAGCUUCUCAGGGUUGCCCCUGGCGCCCGGCCGGCGGGUGGCGCCCUCCUACCGCACGGAGCCAGUGCCCGGGGAGCGCUGGGAGGCUGCGCGUGCACAGCGUGCCCUGGAGGCGGCGUUGGCCGCAGGGCUGCGCGACGCGUGCUACUCCAGCACCGAGGCCGCGCGGCUGGUGCGGGAGCUCUGCGAACAGGUGCACGUUCGCCUGCGCGAGCUCAGCCCGCCGCGCUACAAGCUGGUGUGCAGUGUGGUGCUCGGGCCGCGCGCGGGCCAGGGCGUUCACGUGGUCAGCCGCGCGCUCUGGGACGUGGCGCGCGAUGGGUUGGCCUCGGUCUCCUACACCAACACCUCGCUCUUCGCGGUGGCCACGGUCCACGGGCUCUACUGCGAGUGAGGGGGAGUCCAAUUCUGCAAAAUUGUUUAUUAUCCUAGGAGGAGGCCCCCCUGGGGCUCACAUCCCAAUAAAUAAGUGUCUGACAAUAAAUAAAAGUGGUCCAUAAAUAA